AUGUAUAAAUUGGUUUCCGAAAAACGUUUAGAAAAGGCAAAAAGAGAAGUGGAGGAUAACUUGUAUUUUAUUUUAGAACAAUAUUUAGAUGAGAACGAACUGCCAACUCCUAAAGUAUACCUUGAUUAUCAAAAAGAAGAAGAUAUAACAAAAAGAGCAGAAUUGUAUAAAAAAUGCGACAUUCAUGCUAAAAAAUACCGAGCGAAUAGAAUAAUAAAAACAAAAGAGUUUCACGAAAAAAACAAAGAUAAAUAUCCUGAACUUAAAGAUCUGAUUGAAAGCGAACUAAAAGAAGAAGAAAGAGUAAUAAAGAAUCUAGAAGAAACGAUAAAAACAUUCGACUACUUAAAAUGA